UGACGGAUGACUCAGAAACUUUAACUCGGUGGUCAGACUCAAACGAGUAGUCAGUCAAAGGCACCAUUGAUUGUGGAAAUUUCCUAGCUCCCCCCGUUCCGUCUAUCUAUUUAGCAGCCUCUCCCUCUCUGGUCUUCCACCUUUACCAAGAAACGAAAAUCCUUAUAAAAUAUAGAAAAAUAGAAAGAGAUGAAAAGUGUGGGAUAAUCUUUCUCUGACGUCUUUAUCCUCCUCCCAACUCCAAAGCUGCUUACCGAUUCAAACACCAACACGCAUAUAAAUUUGGAAAAAAAAGGUUUCUAUUAGUCUACACAAUCUGCGAUUGCAAAGCAUAUCGAGAUCAAACAGAGAGCUCGAAGCAAGCCAAUACUCAAGACAGCCGGCCCAAGGAAUUAUGAGAUGAAGUUCUCUCUUUCAUUCUCAGUAUGCUUCGCUCCUGCUCCUGCUCCGGAAGAACACGUUGACCACAGCAUUCACGCUCCACAAUCUUUCCCAAAUGUUCACUUUUAUUCCUACAAAGAAUUGAAAGAUGCGACUCAGGGCUUCCGAAACAAGGUCGGCGAAGGGGGUUUUGGUUCUGUCUACAAGGGACGACUUCAAAAUGGAACUCACGUAGCUGUAAAAGUGCUUUCAGCGGAAUCAAAUCAAGGAGAGAGAGAGUUCAUGGCUGAAAUAGCUGCAAUGUCGAAUGUCAGACAUGAAAACCUUGUUAGGCUUCUUGGUGGCUGCGUCGACGGAAAUAACAGAAUUUUGGUUUACGAGUAUAUGGAAAAUAACAGCGUCGUCCAAAUUUUGCUUGGCGGAGAGCAUAACAAAGCGAAGUUUACUUGGGACUUGCGACGAAAGAUCUGUUUGGGAGUUGCUCGGGGUCUUGCCUAUCUUCAUGAUGAGGUCAAGCCUCACAUUCUACAUCGAGAUAUUAAAGCCAGGAAUAUACUUCUUGAUGGAGAAUUUACCCCAAAAGUUUCAGAUUUUGGUCUCUCCAAGCUAUUUACCGAUAACAUGACUCAUAUUAGUACUCGAGUUGCUGGGACACUAGGCUAUCUAGCUCCGGAAUAUGCCAUUAGUGGGCGUUUAACCCGGAAAUCUGAUGUCUACAGUUUUGGAGCAUUGGUAAUGGAGAUCCUCAGUGGUAGACCGGUUGUGGACUUCAACUUAGAACUUGGGGAACACAAUCUUGUGGAGAAGGCAUGGAAUAUGUACAAAGGCAAGGAGCUUUUGGAGUUAAUGGAUCCAACACUGAGGGGGGAGUUUCCCCAGGAAGAAGCAAUCCAAUUCUUAAAGGUGGGUCUACUCUGCGUGCAAGAGGAUCCCAGGCUCCGACCACAUAUGCCCAAGGCCGUUAAGAUGUUGUGCAAUGAGAUCGAUAUCAAGGAGGUCCAGAUAAUGCCGCCAGGGAUCAUCAUGGAUCUUGUCAAUGUCAAGGUAGGAAGCAAAAAUACUUCGACUAGCAGUGCCACCAAGGGCUCAACAAGCAGCAGUUCGUGGGGAUUCCGCAGUGCCACCCUAAUCUGACUAGGAAAAAUUAGUCAUAUAACACAUUUUUUCCCCACAAAGUCCAGAAUGUUUGGAUUGGCUGGGCUAGUUGUAGGUAGUCGUAGAGUGAAAGUUUUUCGGUGGGUUUUUUCAGUGUGUGGAUCAUGAGCUACAUGUUACAGCUUUGUGGUUACCCAAGCUAGUCAUGUACAUGAACUUUUUGAAUGUGAACAAAAAAUGCCAAAGCUAGCUGGUUUUUCCAUUGUGUUUGAGGUUUAGUACAUCCCAUCAUGUACAGUCAUCCUUUUGUCAUAUAAUAAAAUUGUUUGCCACCUUUAACCCCUA